CUGGGUGUAUGAAUUCACUAGUGCAUCGCCCGAUCGGUCCAAGAACAUCGAGGUUUCCAUUUCACCCACAUUGAAAAAAUGACUUUUGAUCCGCCGAUGAAGUGUUGACUUCCUAUGUCUAUGGUCUUCACAAACGGACUUUUUUGGGUUUGGAUUUUAUUUGAACCGAUUCUAAUGUAUUAGAAGUGAAAACUUACCUAACCAACCAACUGCAUUAUUAAACUAGGAAUUUGGAAUGUCGUAUAAAUAAAUAAAUUUGUUCUCAGCCGUAUUGAUUCCUCUUCACUCACGUUUACCAGAAGAGGGAGAGGUCCAAGAAAAAGACUGGGAGUCUAUUUGCAUCUUUUGGAUCUUUUUUCAUCUUCUCUCUUGGGAUCUCUGCCUUGGUUUCCUCAACCACCGAAAAAAAAACAAAAAAUGCCUGAAGGAACCCUCGAAGUUGUUCUUCAUUCUGCCAAGGGUCUUGAAAACACCGAUUUCCUAUGGAACAAUAUGGAUCCCUAUGUUAUCCUCAUUUGCAGAACUCAGGAGCAAAAAAGCACUGUUGCAUCAGGGAAAGGGUCCGAUCCAGAGUGGAAUGAGACUUUCGUGUUCACCAUUUCAGAUGGCGUUUCAGAGCUUACAUUGAAAAUAAUGGACAGUGACAGUGGCACCGAGGAUGAUUUUGUGGGAGAAGCAACCAUUCCACUGAAUCCUGUAUUUGAAAAAGGAAACCUCCCACCAACUUCAUAUAAUGUUGUUAAGGAACAACAAUACAGUGGAGAGAUUCGUCUUGCCCUCACUUUCACGCCUAUGAGUGAUAGGGAUUAUGCUAUCGAAAAGCAAAGCUAUGGCGGAUGGAAAGAAUCAGCAUACAGAGAGUAGUCUUAAAUCUGUGGGACUCCUUAUGAAACAAAUCAUAUGUUGUUGAAAUGGAAAUAAACAGACUUUGGUUAUUUGGGUUUUUAUUACAAGGGCGUGAUUUCAUGAACUUAUUUAUAUUAAAUAUGGAGUUAAUUUGGCUUAGUCUUUCAACGAUGCAGAUGCAGAUAUCCGCAGGUUAAAAACUUGUAUAAACAUCAGGUAAUAUGUUGUCGGACGUGGACAUCCACAAGUCAAAACUUGCAGAUAUAUGCAUCAUAGAAUAAUUGUAAUUUAGUUAUAUUGAGUUACGUAUCGUGGGUGUAAACUUUUUUAAAUUUCACUUGCAUACGUUUUUAGAUUUCA